AGGAAAUAACCCCUCAAAAUGGAGGAUGGGAAGCCAGUAUGGGCUCCACACCCAACUGAUGGGUUUCAGAUGGGAACCAUUGUCGAUAUUGGGCCUGACAGCUUAACUAUUGAACCCAUAAAUCAGAAAGGCAAGACCUUUCUCGCUGCUAUCAACCAAGUAUUUCCUGCAGAGGAAGACAGUAAGAAGGAUGUGGAAGAUAACUGUUCACUAAUGUAUCUAAAUGAAGCCACCCUGUUACAUAAUAUAAAAGUUCGAUACAGUAAAGACAGAAUUUAUACAUAUGUAGCCAACAUCCUGAUAGCAGUGAACCCUUACUUUGAUAUACUGAAACUUUAUUCCUCUGACGCUAUUAAGAAGUAUCAGGGUAAAUCACUUGGGACACUGCCACCACAUGUCUAUGCAAUUGCCGAUAAAGCAUUCCGGGACAUGAAAGUACUCAAGAUGAGUCAGUCCAUCAUUGUGUCUGGAGAAUCAGGAGCUGGGAAGACAGAAAACACUAAAUUUGUUUUACGGUAUCUGACUGAAUCCUAUGGCAGUGGACAAGAUAUUGAUGAAAGAAUUGUAGAAGCCAACCCACUUCUAGAAGCGUUUGGCAAUGCGAAGACAGUUCGUAACAACAACAGUAGCCGAUUUGGAAAAUUUGUAGAAAUCCAUUUCAAUGAAAAGAAUUCAGUGGUUGGUGGAUUUGUAUCACACUAUUUGCUAGAGAAAUCCAGGAUUUGUGUUCAAGGCAAAGAAGAACGAAAUUAUCAUAUUUUCUAUCGGCUGUGUGCUGGAGCCCCGGAAGAUAUAAGAGAGAAACUGUACUUAAGUUCACCAGAUAAUUUUAGGUACUUAAAUCGUGGAUGUACCCAAUAUUUUGCUACCAAAGAAACUGAUAAGCAAAUUUUACAGAAUCGCAAAAGUCCUGAGGAAGAUGAGUACCUGAAAUUAGGCUCUCUAAAAGAUCCUCUGCUGGAUGACCAUGGAGACUUCAACAGAAUGUGCACUGCAAUGAAGAAGAUUGGUUUAGAUGAUGAAGAGAAGCUGGAUCUCUUCCGUGUAGUGGCUGGUGUUUUACACCUUGGAAACAUUAACUUUGAAGAAGCUGGGAGCACAUCUGGUGGAUGCACGCUGAAGAAUAAAUCUACCCAGUCGCUGGAAUACUGUGCAGAGCUGCUUGGGCUAGACCAGGAUGACCUGCGGGUUAGCUUAACCACAAGAGUCAUGUUGACAACAGCAGGGGGCACCAAAGGAACAGUUAUCAAAGUACCUUUGAAAGUAGAACAGGCAAACAAUGCACGUGAUGCUUUAGCAAAAACUGUCUACAGCCACCUCUUUGAUCAUGUGGUAAACCGAGUAAACCAGUGUUUUCCUUUUGAGACGUCAUCUUUUUUUAUUGGAGUGCUGGACAUUGCGGGUUUUGAAUAUUUUGAACACAACAGCUUUGAACAGUUCUGCAUUAAUUACUGCAAUGAGAAGCUUCAGCAGUUCUUUAAUGAGAGGAUUCUCAAAGAGGAGCAAGAACUCUACCAGAAAGAAGGUUUAGGUGUCAAUGAAGUUCACUAUGUAGAUAACCAAGACUGUAUAGAUUUGAUAGAAGGGAAAUUGGUAGGCAUUCUUGAUAUCUUGGAUGAAGAAAAUCGUCUUCCCCAGCCGAGCGAUCAGCACUUUACUUCAGUGAUCCACCAGAAACACAAAGACCACUUCAGACUCUCAAUACCCAGGAAGUCUAAACUGGCUGUUCACAGAAAUAUCCGAGAUGAUGAGGGUUUUAUUGUCAGACAUUUUGCUGGAGCAGUAUGCUAUGAGACGACCCAGUUUGUCGAGAAGAACAAUGAUGCUCUGCAUAUGUCUCUGGAGUCCCUUAUAUGUGAAUCCAAAGAUAAAUUUGUCCGGCAGCUGUUUGAAUCUAACACUAAUAACAACAAGGACCAUAAGCAAAAAGCAGGAAAACUCAGUUUCAUCAGUGUGGGAAACAAAUUCAAGACUCAGCUAAACCUGCUACUGGAAAAGCUCCGUAGUACUGGGUCUAGCUUUAUUCGCUGUAUCAAGCCUAAUUUAAAGAUGACAAGUCACCAUUUUGAAGGUGCCCAGAUCCUCUCUCAGCUCCAGUGUUCAGGUAUGGUGUCUGUUUUGGAUUUGAUGCAAGGUGGCUUCCCAUCGCGUGCUUCUUUCCACGAACUAUAUAAUAUGUACAAAAAGUACAUGCCUCCAAAGCUGACUCGUUUGGAUCCGAGACUCUUCUGCAAGGCACUCUUCAAAGCUCUUGGAUUGAAUGAAAAUGACUAUAAAUUUGGAUUAACCAAAGUGUUUUUUAGACCCGGCAAGUUUGCAGAGUUUGAUCAAAUCAUGAAGUCUGAUCCAGAUCAUCUUGCUGAGUUGGUUAAACGAGUCAACCAUUGGCUUAUCUGUAGUCGCUGGAAGAAGAUUCAGUGGUGCUCUCUGUCGGUCAUUAAAUUGAAAAACAAAAUAAAAUACAGAGCAAGUGCCUGCAUCAAAAUACAAAAGACUAUCCGUAUGUGGCUGUGCAAGAGAAAGCAUCAACCACGCAUAGAUGGUCUAAUCAAGGUUCGGACACUGAAAACAAGGCUUGACAAAUUCAAUGAAGUAGUGAGUGCUCUGAAAGAGGGAAAAGCAGAAAUGAGCAAGCAGGUCAACGACCUUGAAAUGUCUAUUGAUGCUCUGAUGGUCAAGAUCAAGGCCACUGAAAUGCCUAGACAACAGAUACAGAAGGAGUAUGAUGCAUUAGUCAAAAGCUCAGAACAACUUCUGGGUUCUCUACAGAAGAGGAAGCAACAGGAAGAAGAGGCAGAAAGGUUGCGACGUAUCCAGGAAGAGAUGGAAAAAGAAAGAAAGAGGCGUGAGGAAGAGGAACAACGUCGGAAGAAGGAAGAGGAGGAAAGGAGACUAAAAUAUGAGAUUGAAGCAAAGAGAAAACAGGAGGAAGAGGAGAGGAAAAAAAGGGAAGAAGAAGAAAGGCGAAUUCAGGCUGAAGUUGAGGCUCAACUUGCCAGAGAGCGUGAAGAAGCCAGCCAGCAGCAAGCAGUUCUGGAGCAAGAGCGCAGAGAUCAUGAGCUGGCCAUGAGAAUUGCUCAGAGUGAAUCGGAACUCAUCAAUGAUGAAUCUCAGCUAGAUUUGGGAUUACGCAGACCCAAUGGAGCAAGCUGUCAAAUGACUGCGGAGCAAAUGGCUACAGAAAUAUCAGCACUUUUGUCUAGGGGACCUGCAGUUCAAGCCACAAAAGCUGCCAUUGGCACUAAAAAACAUGACCUUAGCAAGUGGAAGUAUGCCGAGUUACGUGACACAAUCAAUACCUCUUGUGAUAUUGAACUGCUGGCAGCUUGCAGAGAAGAGUUUCACAGGCGACUAAAAGUUUACCAUGCUUGGAAAUCCAAGAAUAAGAAGCGCAAUGCAGAAACAGAACAGCGUGCUCCAAAAUCAGUGACUGACUAUGAUUUUGCACCAUUUAUGAACAACUCAACUCAACAGAAUGCAGCAAGUCAGUUAGCUGCUAGGCAGCAGCCGGAGACUGAAGUGAAUCGGCAGCAACGUUACUUCCGCAUUCCCUUCAUCCGCCCAGCAGACCAAUAUAAGGAUCCCCAGAACAAGAAGAAAGGCUGGUGGUAUGCCCACUUCGAUGGACCAUGGAUUGCUCGUCAGAUGGAGCUUCAUCCAGAUAAGCCACCCAUCUUGCUAGUGGCUGGCAAAGAUGAUAUGGAGAUGUGUGAGCUGAAUCUUGAAGAGACUGGCUUGACUCGUAAGCGUGGUGCUGAAAUUUUGCCGAGACAGUUUGAAGAGAUUUGGGAGCGCUGUGGGGGAAUCCAGUAUCUUCAAAAUGCAAUUGAGAGCAAACAAGCACGGCCUACUUAUGCAACUGCUAUGUUGCAGAACCUGUUGAAAUAAAUAGUCACUUUGCACAUUCACAUUUGGUGUUUUGAAACCUUCUCCCACCUUAACAAUAAAGGGAAAUAGUGCCUCUGAGUAACAGAGGACUCUUAUGCAUUCUAUAAUCAUAUAGAUAUAUUUAAUAUAAACAGAUUUUAUUAAUGUGGCGGUUUUAAUUUGUACUUCUGAUGUUUGUGUAGUGAAUUCAUUAGUUCCUUGGAUCUAAGCAUUUGUUUCAGUGAAGUAUGUUGUUUGCUUUUGUUCAUACAUUGACUCUUUUUCAUAUAGCAUUUCUCAUGACACUAAUGCUGUAAUGUAGGAUAAUGUAUUAUGAAGAUCUAAGUACAUAGCUACAAUGAGCUUCAUUUUCUUUUCUGCCUAUAGAGUACCUCCUUUGUAAUACUCAGAACGUUAGUUUCUUCAGGAUAACAUAGUACAGUGUUCCUCACCAUGGAGCUUUCCAGAUAUUUGUGGCUACAGCUUCUGUCAGCCCCCAUAAGCAGACCAGUGGCGUUGCUAUCCAAUACAUCUGGAAGGCACCGGGUUGAGGCUAGUAGGUGUAAUAUGAAGGCAACAUUGCACCUUCUAACUGGAAUUGUGAGGCCUUAAUGUUAACUUCUUUUGUUUAGAAGUUAAAGCAAACUUUUAUGAGACAAAGGAGUACAUGUGCAGAGUCUGAAAUGUUUGAUAUCUAUAUACAUUCAAUUAUGAAAAAAAAAUAUUUGAGGACAUGUCUUGGGUGAAUUGCAGGAUUUCACUUGUUGAAAGCAGAACAAUUCUGUAUGAAGUACAUUAAUAAUAAUGGAAACACUGAAACAUUUUGGUGCAUAUUUAAGUAGUUGAAUUUGUGUGUUUUUCCUUUUUUAAACAACUUUAUUUUUUACAACAUGAAUUCCUUCAAGUGAUUUUGUUUUUAUUUUUCUGUCAUAAGUUUCUUAGAAAUCCUUUCACAGUCUUUCAAAUGUUACUUCACAAAUGUUACCUAAAAUAUAUCACUAGAUCCACUUAGAGGAUAAGGGAAAUGGCUUCCAUUUUUCAAGAGAACAAAAACCUGAUUGGACUAUACUAAUCUGAAUCUUGUACUUCCUUUGUACUUUCAUGAAAUGCACAUGGAUUCUGUAGCUUUUCUCAGACUUUUUUCAGAUUCUUGAUGAGUGGCACAGCAUUGGCAUUUCCAGACAUGAUGUUCUGCUUCAAAUAAUUUGACUUCAUAGUGUAAAAGUAAUAAACCAUUUCUUCUAAUCUUGCAGAUUAUUUUUAGCUAAUCUUCCAAUUUCAGACUUUGUAGGUUCCUCUUUUUUGACCAUGCUAUCCUUGAUGGCAAUUAAAAUUUUAAUGUAUAACAAUUACUGGUUUCAUACAGAUUUAAGUUACCUUUUAGAUAUUGCUGGAUAGCCCCUAUUGCUUGUUCAUAUCAGCAGACUAAGCCUUGGUUUUAUCUCAGUGUUAGGAGAUUUAUGGAAAUAAAGCAACAUUGUCUGCAGGUUUUUUUUAAAGCCCUAAAUACAGACCACACUUGGGGAAGAUUUCAUUCCUUUAUUAUAUAUUUUAAAAAAACUAAUUACACUUGUGGUUUCUAAUUUUUAAAUCUUCAAAUGUACUUUUCAGAUACAGAGUUAUCAUCAUCUUCUGUCACAGCAUGCCAGUGGGCAGAAAUAAUAUCCAUAUUGUAGCAAGUGUAAGAAAAAAGUGUCUCUGUGCCUUCUAAGGUUCAGCCAGGGUGGGAGGAUGUAAAAAUUUAACAUUUUUAUAACCCCCAUUGAAAUCUGAACAUCUUUUGGGCUCGUGAAGAUGGUCUUCCAUUCCCAUCCUCACACUGUUGAAAUGGCUUCCCACAUCCACCUGCACUCAGACCAACAAGCAGGUGGUUGAUGUAGCAUUUGGGUUCAGUUUAGUCUGUUUCUGCUCCAGCUGUUUAUUGGUUGUGUCUACUGUCAAAAUCCAUCAGAGGUUGCAUAUGGAGAUUUGAUAAAACAUUGAGAACCAGUGCUUGUAUCUAAAAACUUCUUCCUCGAGGAGAAAAUAGUUCUUCUCACUCGAGGAGAAAAGCUUUGAUUUCUGCUGUUUUCCACUUCCUUGAGCCUUAGUUUCCAAUGCUACACUGCAAGGCAUUCCAGAGGUACCAUGAUCCCCAGGAAUGGCAUUUUGGCCCUCAAAAAGAAGCCAUGUGGAUGAAAUAUAAAGCUGAUUAGGUUGGCAUCCCACAGAAUAGUGUGAAUGGAACUUCUCUUGGAUCAUUUUUCGAGAUCCAAGUUCAAGUGGGUUUUGGACAUACACAUCCAACAAGAGGAGUCUUGUCUCUUUUGUCUAUGUAAGGUUUAAUUCAGGGAUUUUUUGUUGGGUUAAAUUAAGGUGAAAUAAAACAUAAAUUAGUAAAUUAGAAAUCUUGUUGAAUAAUGUUGAACUGAGCCCAAGGUACAGGACCAGGCAACCUUUUUGCCCCAGUGCAGCAAUGGGAGGUGAGUUGGGGACAUGUAAGAAUGAACAGAGGGUUUGGCUAGUCUUGGAACCCCCUCCCCACGCUUCCCAUACUUACCCUUUCCCUGUGCACAAACACCCUGCCUUAAACCUUGCCUCUCUUUCUGCACUGAAAUUCCAUCACAAUCUCCCCUCCUCAGCUGACUGGCACUGUAGGAUUUUUUUCUAGGGCCCAUCAACUGGGGAGAGGGAGACUGGCACACAGGCAUAACUUGACUGAUGUGUCAUCUUCCCCAUCUACACUGCAUCCACCAAACAGCUAAAGAACAGCUGUUCUGUGUCCUGGGGAGAGUUUGGUUGUGACCAGGCAGGUCAUCACAUCAGCUUAGUCCAUCAGGAGAGAGUAAAUUAAUUAGGAAGAUGGUGAAUAAGGAUGCUCUUUCCACUGUGCCACCCUCUCUGUUGUGAUCCUGCUCUCCUCAGUCUACUGGACAGCUGAGCAAUGAGCUGGGAGAGGAUGAAUCCUGGGACUUUAUUGCACAGGACUCCUGGGAUGCAACGAGGAUGGUCCCAAAGGAGCCAGGAAUGGAAUGGAAUGAGUGGGGGAUGCAUUUUACUGCACACAGAGUCCUUCAUUCAUUCUGUUCCCUGCCCUUCCAUUCCCAGUCUGUUUCAGAGAGGAGGAGAUUUUCGAGAACUGUUUUGAACAGUUCUCAAAAAUCUCCUCUGGAACAGAUGGGGAACAGAUGGGGAAUGGAACGGAAGGAGUGAGGGACUUGUAUGUGCGAUAAAAUGCAUCCCUCACUCAUUCCCAGCCCCUUCUGUUCCGUUCUGAGACCGAUCCCUGGGACUCACAAAAGCAUCCGGGAAGUACAUUUUUCCCUGUGUUUUAUUUGUUAUCACAUUUGGUUACAGCUAAUAUGGGAGCUUAUCUCAUUAACAAAUAAGCCGACUUACCUCUUCUGGCUUGAAUUCCCGAUCUGGGAUAUCCCCGGAUGUUAUCAUACCUAAAUAGUUACCUAUCUAGCCGGGAGGCCACCGCCCGGAUGCAUCCCGGUUCAAAGCCUCACUCAGCUGGCCAAUUUUUGAUGUCAGAAACUCCCCAACUUCAAAAAAGUGCUGGCUGAGCGAGGCAUCGACUCGGGAUGCAUCCCGGGUAGAUAGGUGGCGAUUUAGGUAUGAUAACAUCUGAGGGCAUCCUAGAUCCUGAAUUCAAGCUGGAAGAGGUAAGAUGGCUUAUUUGUUAAUGAGAUAAGCUCCGUAGUCAAAACUGGUGAAGUCCAGCUAAAGGUGUCCUUGAUCAACUUGGCUUUUUGACUGGUUUUAAGUGGGACUUUGGACCAAAAUUACAGAAGGUUUUUUGACUUUGUGUGUUUUAUUUCAACAGUGAAAUGUAGAUGAAGGGAAAGAAAAUUGGAGCAACAGUAGAUGGGAAAGGUUGCACAACCUCCUCUUUACAAGUCAUGUUUCCCAGAACAUUUGCCCACCACAAACAGUUUUUCUCCCAGCUGGAAAAGGAUACGCCACCUUCAUAUUUUACUUUAUUUGGGUUAGAGUGCAGCAUGGAGGACAACAUCAAUUGCAAAAGUGGCCGUCAGAGUUAAGUCACCUUUCCUCCCACUGCUGCUCCAGUCACACAGCUUGAAUAGCAACUACUAAUGUCUAGGACCCUGGUUUGCCCCCAGAUUGUUUCUGACUUUGGCUGGUUGAGAACUUUUGAUGAUAGCUUUGAAUCACAUUCAAUUGAAGUAGUGAAUUCAUUUGGCUUGUUAUCAGUUACCUCUCUUGGAUAUAAUAGCCAUUUGUAUGGUGUUGUUUAAGGAAAGGGACAAAAAUAAUCAGAGCGGGGGGGGACUGAUGAACUAUUUUUCUGUGUAUGCUGGAUACAGCUAUGUUUCUCUCAAUUCCCUAUUAAGGGAGAGAUGCACUCCUAGUUCUUUUAUGCUCAUUUCUAUACAUUUUCUAUAUAUCUUCUGUGUCUUCUCAGACUAUUUUUUGAGCAGAACUUGAACCACUUGCUUCAGUCUGUAGAAUGGUUUUAGCUGACCUCUGCCACUCACUCUCUUUGUAAGAAACCAUCCACACUUGAACCAAACACCCCGUCAAAUUGAUAAGUGCCACAGGUAAAAAGAGAAAGGUAACAUGUAUACAGCUGUAGUUUAAUUUCCUUUUUCCGUUGUAAUUUAUCAGUAAGAAUUUUCAAAAAUGGGGUGUGUGCUCUAAGAUUUAUAGAGGUGUGCAAAAAUUAUAAUUGGAAAAAAGUGUUCAUUUUCCUCCGCCUAUGAAGAAAAACAAGCUAAGAUGUGGGUCAACAAAUAAAACAAGAAGUACUUAAAUGGGAUGCCAUAUUAACAUUACUAACACUGAGUUAGUUGAAUUGUUGACUAUAGCAUCUCAUAUCUUUCAUAUAAUCCUACUUGAUGUUUUAGCAUGAAAAUGAAUAGCAAAUGUGUUUUACUCAAGGGGAGCUAAUCUUGUAUAAAUUGGAAUUAGGAAAUGUUUCCUGCUAUUUUUGUAUUCAUGAUCUAUGUGCUGUUUAAAAAAACAAAAGGAAAAUUGACUGACAAAUGCAUGUACAUCAUUUGAUUAAACCUGAAUGUGUGACACAUUUUGUUUUGAGGGUAUUUAAUAUGAUAUAGAAAUGUCCUUGUAGUGUUUGGACUGUGAUGGUUGUUUUGCAUUUAAAAGCCAUCACAUUCUGGUUACAGCCAUUUGAUGAUGAAAAUGCUAGUGUGAACCUAGGCUAAGUUUCAAGAUGUAGCAGUCCAAGGCUGCAUCCACAUUGCAGAAAUAAUCUAGUUUGACACCACUUUUACUGCCAUGGCUUAGUGCUCUGGAAUUCUAGAAACUAGUUUUGUGGGACAUUUAGCUUUCUCUGACAGAGCUCUGGUGCCACAACAAUUUAGCCGUGGCAGUUAAAGCAGUGCCAGACUAGAUUAUUUCUGCAGUGUCUAUGCAGCCCAAGUUAUAGGACCAAGAUCUGCACCUCUGUUGUCCUUCAGAAAACAACCCAAAUGUCAUGAACUUUCCAUUCCAUUCUACUAAUAUUCUUUAAUUAUAUCUUUUUAUCUCUGGCUUUAUUUCCUCCUAAACCAUUUCAAGUAGUUUGUCAAAUUACCUUAAUUAUGUACUGAAAAUUGCAGCAAAAUAAAUUUACUCUGCUGAUC